CCCGCGGAUAAUCGAGUGAAUACUGAAUACUUUCAACUUUGUUAACCGUCGGCGGGCAUGCAUUGAACUGAUAAAGUGUUGCAGUCGGAAAAAAUGAUUGUUGUACGAUAUUUUGCCUGUUUUUCUAUAUUUUUCGUGUUAUCGUCAAUCCACGGCGUUCUCGGUGGUGAUGGAGGCUCGCUACAGCUAACCGAAGACAACUGGAAUAAAAUAUUGGUCGGAGAAUGGAUGGUGGAAUUUUACGCACCUUGGUGUCCGGCAUGUAAAGCACUGGAGCCAGUUUGGGAGAGUUUUGCCUCAUGGAAAAAUGAUCUCGGCAUUCGGGUUGGCAAAGUAGACGUCACAGAUUCACCUGGACUUAGUGGACGAUUUAUGGUUACUGCCCUACCGACAAUAUUCCACGCAAAAGAUGGUAUAUUUAGGCAGUACAAAAGUCCACGAGACAAGGAAUCCCUCAUAUCGUUUGUUAAGGACAAAAAGUGGUUACAACUUGAGCCUAUUUCCAGUUGGAAAAGCCCAAACUCUAUCCAAAUGUCUGUAAUCAGCUAUUUUUUCAAACUAUCACAAAUAUUGAGGGGAAUGCAUAACAAACUGAUGGAAGACUAUGGCCUGCCUACUUGGGGUAGCUAUUUGAUCUUUUCAAUUGCUACAAUAAUCCUUGGCGCCAUUCUAGGACUUUUCAUCGUUUGCCUGAUCGAUUUUAUAUAUCCGCCAAAACCAGUCUCAUAUCCUAGUAAGAAAAAAGAAAAGGAUGGGUCUGGCGGUUUUAUGCAGGAAAAGAAUGAAGGUGACGAAGAAUUGGUCGAAAACGUUAAGGAUGAUUUGGUCGAUGAAGAUGCAAGUGGAUCUGAUGCUCAGGAAGAAGAUAAGGAGGAAGACGAAACAAAAAGUGUACCCAGCAGCCCGAACGUACGCAAACGAAAGCCACGCAAGGCUGACUAAUUAUAUCUCAUAGCAUUUCAGAAAAGAAGUAUUACCAUCUUUAAAGGACGGCUAGGAACCGCAAUACUAUUGACUAAUAAUGCAGAAGUUUUUUGCGAAUCUUUUUUCAUAAAUCGUAACGUAACUCGAUAACCCAUUUUGCAUGUAUGACCGAUGAAUCUAGUGUUGCUAGAGUAUUUCGGCAAUGGAGUGCGAAGGUUUUUUGUCAGGGUAUUGAAAAUAAUCUUAUUUGAAGGUUUUAAUGCACGUAUCUUGUCAUCUGUUCUUAGUUGACUGUUGGCAUUAUCAUUGACAGUCUUUUCUUGUGUUGUUCCACUACUUUAUAGGUAAAAUGAAAAAUGUGUACGUUAGACAUUUGGUCAUUCUCUAUUAAUAACGACUUUUCUCGGGAAUAUUUUUUAAAUAUAACGAAAAUUAUUUUUAUAAUUUGCAAUUAAAUACAAUGUUGUAAAUUACCGAUUGCAUUCAUCUCGAAAUUCAUACAGCAAAUUUUCUCGGUCAACAAAAUCUACCAAUGUAUGCGCCCGUGAUUAUAAUGCUAUUAUAAACUGGUUAACCAUACUGUGAAAGGGAUCCAAAAAUUAAUAUAUUAUAAUUAUAAUUUUUCUGUAAUUACAGUGAGGGUGAUAAAAUUCAGAUUAACAUUAAUUAUGGUUUUGUGCUCUCUGCAUACUCCGUAUUACAUAAUACGGAACAUUUACACUGUAUACCAAGGUGAAAAAUUGUACAUACAUGAAUGUCGGGAGGAUCCGAUAUACGUUGUUUAUUCUUGCCUGUUCUACUUAUUCUGGCCAAAUUUGCCUGUGUCGGUUAGAUAGAAAUGGAUAGAAUUUCUUUUAGAUUCCAAUCGUGCAAUUAAUUAUUCCUUUUAUGUUUAGAAGGAAAGUUAUAAUUUCGCGUGGAGUUUUGAUCGCAAGAAACAACAUACAUAUAUUGAUAUUCGUCUUCCGUAUAUUAUCACGCGCAGUGUUGGUAUGAGUAGUUACAUUGAUUGUGUCAAAUAUGCAUAGUAGUAAGAGACGAGCGUUAAUAUUUAAUACACAAACUAAUGUAAGUUUUCUUCCUUUAAUUUAAUUUCUAAUUUCGCACAGUUUACGACGAUUUUCAAUUAGGUAGGAUGUUUUAUACUGCCGUAUUAUUUUCACAUUUCUUGAUAUACGAUGAUAUUGAUAUUAUAAAUAUCCUACUACUUCAUUACAUUCCUACUGAAUGAAAUUAUCCAUAUAAAAAUAUGACGUAUGGUUGAAUGAAAAACGAGUGAUAUUGAUGAGUUGAAUUAUUGAGAAAUGUGUAAUGUGCAGGGUAGCCAAAAGCUCUGUAAUACUAACUGCCUAAAUAAAUAUAUAGAUAUACAAGGGUGUAUCCCAUUUUA